GCGGCAGACAAGUUAGAUGUAGUUCUUGGCGUGUUUCGUAUAAUAUUAGUAAUACUAUUGUAAUCUGCGUGACAGUUUCACUAAACUCUCUGACUUUAUUCCUGUCAGGAUUUUUUUCAGCCCGUCGGUGGGCUGCGUCGUUUCCUCUUGCUCCGUGUAACCGCGACGUGAUGGAAAGUUAACGUUAGCACUCGGAAAAAUAACGGACUAGCCAGUUAGCUAUCACCAGCUGUCCUAACACACAUGACUGGAGAAACUGAUUAACUGGUUAUGACUGUGACUGUACUUAGUUCUAUUUUUCUUCCGGGGAAAUUUUGUUUUCUCGGUUAACAUACAGGUUUUUACCCCACCCCCACACCCACCAUCAUACGUGUUAACUUAGCAAGUGUGGCUAGCUGGGCUACCUGAAGGAAAACGCUGCUUUAUGCGCGGAAGUGUUUGAACACCUAUGGACUAGCUGUGUGCUGUCAUAAAGCUGCUAUGGUUGAUAGGCUAAAGCUGCUGCUGCCAAGUUAAGUCUCUGCCCGUGAGGACAUCCGGUCCACCAUGAAGACCCUCGGACCCAGAAUCUCAUUUUAUGCGGGCUUUGUGGUGGGAACUUUUACGCUGUACGUGUUUCUGCGGCAGCUUUGGUUUGAGAAGACUCUGCCAAUGCAUCAAGUCACCACCUUGGCUAGAAUUCAGGACUACCAGCAACAGCUCGAGGAGGAAAAGAAAAUGUGGAAGAAAGAAGGGUCUGCACUUUUCAACCUGGAGCACCCUCAUCACAUAGGUGAGGAUAGCCGCAUGGCUGAUGAAUUGUACAAAAAGGUACGUAUUCUUUGCUGGGUGAUGACUGGACCCAAAAACCUGGAGACGAAGACUCGACAUGUGAAGUACACUUGGAGUCGCCAUUGCAAUAUUGUUGUCUUCAUGAGCUCUGUGGAUGACCCCGACUUCCCCACAGUGGGAUUAGGUACAAAGGAGGGUCGGGAUCAGCUGUACUGGAAAACAAUUCGGGCCUACCAUUAUGCCUAUGAGCAUUAUGCAGAUGAGGCAGAUUGGUUCCUCAAGGCAGAUGACGACACCUACGUCAUAGUGGACAACCUGCGCUGGAUUCUUGCAAACCACACUCCUGAGGAGCCUAUUUACUUCGGCAGACGAUUCAAGCCCUACACUAAGCAGGGCUACAUGAGUGGUGGUGCAGGCUACGUACUGAGCAGAGAGGCUUUGCGAAGAUUUGUUGAAGGUUUUAAAAGCAAACAGUGUACUCAUACUACCUCCGUAGAGGACCUGGCAAUGGGGCAGUGCAUGGAGAAAGUUGGGGUGCUGGCUGGAGACUCCAGAGACUCUUUUCAUAGGGAGACAUUUCACCCCUUUGUCCUUGAGCAGCACCUCACUGCCAAAUUUCCAAAGAGCUUCUGGUAUUGGAGCUACUGCUACUACCCCAUCUCAGAGGGUCCUAACUGCUGCUCAGACAUGUCAGUAUCUUUCCAUUACGUGGAUGCUAUAGGGAUGUAUUUAAUGGAAUAUUACACUUAUCACCUGCGUGCCUUCGGCUACAGACAUCGCUAUCAGCCUCCCACCCCACCUGGCUACAGUAUAAAUAAGUUUGAAUCCUGGGAUGCUGGGAAAAAAGACAAAAAGCUGGAACAAAAACUAGUCCAUCCAGACCUAUCCAGAACUGACAAGAGACAGAAUGAAGAUCCCCCUCCUGUAGAUGGUAAAGAUGGUCCUGCUGCUGCAGAGGGUAAAUAACAGUAGGACUUUGUAGCAGUGUUGAGGGUACUGAUCAUUAGGAUAUGCGGUGGAUUUGGGGUUUUGAGUGUUUGGGUAUCCAUUCUGAUAGUCAAAGUGAAGUAUAAAAACUUUGUCCACUUAGACUGCUAGUGAACUUUGACAGCAAGACUGGGUGUUUUCCAUGCUAAAAGGUGACCUGUGGCUCUGUAUGUCAGUUUUGUCAGGUGUUUUUACAGAUUGUUCCAUAACAGGACUCACCUUUCUGUUGUUCUGAAAACAAAGUAAACCAGUAUUUCCAGUGCUUUUUUAAAAAAGUGACUUUUCUGUUCUUUCAUUUCUUACCACAAAAGUCCCAGUAAAACUUGUUCUAACACUCUUUAAGGCUUGCUGGAGUUGUUAGGCUUCAGUUCACACUUAUAGCUACAUGUGCCUGAAACCUGGUUUAUGUCAGAUCAUAUUGUUGUUUACGAGAGUUUGAUGCCUCCCAAACACUAGCGUUUAGGAUUGUGCUUAAAAGCCUUUUCACAUAAAAUACAAGGGUAGCAUCUCUUUACUUUUUAUUUUUGGUUGUUUUGUGUUUUGACAAGUUCCUUCUUUGAAGACAUGUUUUCAACCAAGACGUUCCAUAAGUCUAAAAGGUUUACUUAAGUGAAUUAGUUAGAGUUGACUAAUAAUAUUUAUGUACCCAUUAGUUUGCAUCUCUUGGUAAACCAGACAUCAGAAUUGGUGAAAAACUGCUGUUUUCCUAAAAAGUAAAUAGGCUAAUCAAAGUGGAUCUCCUAUUUUUCAAAGUAACAGUGGAAAAAAAAAAGGUUUUAAAAAAGUGAUGAAAAGGUCAAUCUUUUAUUCUCUAUCAAAUGAAACAUUUUGUCCCAUGGAUGGUUAAAUAGCUAUCUAUAUAUAUAUAUACUCUCAAAAUCGGGCAAAAUACAUUUUUUUAAUCACACAUUCAUCCUUAAUUAAACAGUAACAGCUAUUAAAAAAUGAUCUCAGUUGCCAGAUUAUUAGGUAGACAAGAGCUGAAACAGAAUCCAUCCUGAAGUUUUCUGUUUAAUUAACAUAUCCAGGUGUGCAAUGUUCAAACUACACAUAAAACAUGUGUCUGAAACUAGUGUAGAAAGAAGAAUUUAUUACAUGUGUUCCUAGGUGUACCUAAUAAACUGGCAACUGAUUGUAUUAAUAUUUGAUAUAACAGAUAUUAUACGUUACUAAAUGUAUCUUAGGAAAAUAUUUUGAUUGCAUACUCCUCAAUAGUGAGGUGACUGUUGUGCUUUAAAAGGAAAUUCCAGCUAUCUAAAUUUCUACAAUGCAGCCAAAGAUUUCACACAAGACCACAGUGAAGGCUGAUGAACCUGUUCAGCUGUUAUAUGUGAUCGGGCUAAUUGUGUGAUGCUUGUGGGUCUUUUUCUUUCUUUCUUUCUUUCUUUUGUUAAAGAGGACUUUGUUUAGUCAGCAAAGACUUUCUGGGAAGUCAGUCGGAUGAAGAACAAGUUAGUCAAACUUGUUUUUUCUUGUCUGGAAUGAAAAACGAUCUUAAUCAACCCACCCACAGCACAUUGUUACCUUUCUGUGUAACGUGCUGCACACAGUUUUCUGCAUCUUCCCACAGUGGAGUCAUUAGCUUGUGCCUUGUAAAUUGAGAUUGUAUGAGCCAGCCAUUAGCUGCACACUUGACUUAGCACUGUGACAUGAGCGUGAAGAGAGUGUUGAUUCAGAUGGCUGUUUUAUUUUACUGAAUCCAUCUGUUGUAAUGUGUUUGAGCUUCAUUCAAGUCAGCGAAUGUCUUUUUUGUUUUUUUUUAAGUUAGAAGAAGGUGGUGUUAUUUUGAAAUUCUUUGCCAGUUAGGCCUCAUUUGAAGUUGGCACACUUUGCACAUGUAAAAAAUAAAAUAAAAUUAAUAACAGCUCUUUUGCUAGUUUCUAACCAGACAUUAAACCUGUGGUAGAUGCAGUAAUCACCAAAGGUGAGAUUAAAUGUGGAAAGAAGAAGAAGGAAUUUGGCACAUAUCUGCAGAGUGACUAAAGGUUUUCAUGGAACGGUGGCCAUUUUUUUUCUUUUUCUUUUUAUGACCACAUUUUCUUCAAGGUUAAAAAUGUAUGAGGUUGAUAUUUUCAAAUAUAACUUUGUGUUUACACUUGGUUUCUGUAGUAUGUGCACGAACACAUGCAUGUUCACCAGAGCAUGUUUUAAAAAAAUGUUUUUUUCUUCUCAUCUUUCUUUUGGCUGCUCAUGCUCACAUUUGAUAUCAGCCGCAUCAUUUCUAAUGGGGCAGUCCUUGACAAUCUUCUCAUUUCAGAGUUUUCUUAAAGGGAAUGGUGUACAGUGCUAUAUUUAUAUUUGGAACGUAUUUAUGUUGGAAUUGAAAUCUUAAUUGAGUCAAUACACUUCAGUGUGGAUAUGAGUUCAUUUUAAUGUGUGAGCACACAUUCUAUAAUCAGUGUGCAGGAUUGUUUUUAGUGAAAUGGUAAUUUAAUCACUAUAAA